GCUCGGGACUGUUCUGUGUCCUGUUCUGCAAGCAGCAAGCAGAGCAAAUUAGCAGUAGUGCUAGGGUGGGAAUUCUUCAGCUCCGUCACUUUGAGGCCUUCUAAGCUGCAAGGCAUGUUUAUCGUCCAUGGAGUCACCGGAAGAUUGCUCUCCAGUCAAAUAAGUUGUGCCAUUAAACUGGCAAAUCAUUUCAUCUUCUGCCUGCCCUUUUGAGCUUGAGCCUGCAUAGAGAUCAGGUAAUUCUAUUUCUGCAGCCAUAAGCUGGGCUCUUUAUUACAUGUUAAAUCUGUAAAUAUACGCGAAGGGCGGGUGAUGGAGUCUUCUUUUUUUCUGUCACAACUUUAGUACUAGCUGUAAAAGGGCUCAGAAUCGAUUUUUUUUGCCUUUUUGUAGUCUUUUUAGACAAUAAAUAAAUAAUAAAUAAAUCCCAUCAUUCUCAAACUCAGAUUUGUGUUGAAACCUCAGUGUGGUGUUGAAAACUCCUCAGUGAACACCUGUCCUCAUUAGUCUAGAAAUUUUGUGUCACCAGGUGAACAGGAUGUGGAACAUGAAGCAAUAGAGUUCCCGCCGACCCUGCAGUAUGGAACUUCCACAGGACUUUUCUUUUGCUUGUAACAGGUUGUGUGACUCUAAGGAUGCAACCACUUAAGAAUGAGGGUUAUCUCAAGACGCUGUAUUAAUAUUUGGCGGGUUAUAUUCAAGGGAUGGAUGCCAGGGUGUGUGAUAGGUAAUGUAGUUGAAUGCAAAUUACACAAAUGUAACUAACGAUGAAUAUGAAUAAUCUCAUAAAUGCAGAAUUUCUUGUGUACCUCAGCAAUUUUCAGGGUUUUAUAUUAAGUAUGAAUAGAUGAACUAUUUCUAUGUAUUUCAGCACUUACAAGCCUUCCCAGUAAAUGCUAGAACUACUCAGUGGUAUUCUUCACGCUCGUUCCAUGUGACUUCUAAAAACCUCUGCAUCUUCAUGAGGGUUCAGAAUAAAGGGGCAUGUUUGCAGAGGAAGUUUUGUGUUUCCUUAUAUUAGUAACAGAAAUCUAAAAUUGAAUAGACUAGCUGCUAAAUGUUGAUAAGAUUGAAAACAUUUGAAAGAGUACCAAAGAACAACUUUCAGAUUAAAGAGUAAUCAAGGCUGUCCUUCCUACCUUGCCUCCUGAUAGGAAUUUAACAUUUCUGAAACAACGGUAUGAUUGUGUAUAAUAUAGAAGAUGUUUAUUAGCUAUAUGUGCUUGAUUUCUUUUAUCCAGUGCUGGGGAUCAAACAAUUGUCUUGGACAGGUUAGGCAAGUGCUCUACAGCUGAGCCACAUCCCUGCACCUGCCUUUUUUUUUUAAGCAUUCCUGAAAUCAUAUUAAGGGAAUAUUUGGUUAUUAUGUAAUUGAUAUUCAUUAUUACACAGGUUUUAUUCAGGCUGAGGAGUUUUCUAGGACAGAGGACAUUAGAGAGUCAGAGCAGAUUAGGCAGUCUAGGACAGUUGGUCACUCUCAUGAGCUGGGCCUUGGCCUGAUGCAUGAGGCCCAAAACAGGCUUUGUCCUGUCUCCAUGGAAUGUCCAUUCUAACAGAAAAGACAGCAGAGAUGAGACGAUUGAAGACUGUGUCUAAGGGGAUGGCAGAGCCAUUUGGAAAGGAGAAGCAAUUGGGUUGUAAGCUAAUAGUGCCUGGAAUCCCGAUCACUAUCAACAGUGGCUUCAGAUGACAUAGAAACAUCAUUCUCCUGCUGUUCUGGAGCUGAGGACUUCCAAGUGCCUCAGGCAGCAUUCCUGCAAGUUUUUAAAAACCCCUUUUCAUGUUUCAGCCACUGGGUCAAGAGCAUAGGGAACCCCACUGAGGACUGGCAACUAAAAUUGGGGCACAGGGGCACUCUGGGAGCUGAGCCUGCAGUCUGUGAAUAUUCAAGUCUGAGAGUAUAUUCAAGAAGGUUGUGCCAGAAUUGGAUUGAAUCAGUAGACUUUCAGCUGGUGAAGACUUCGGAAUUGCUGUGUUGCUUUAAACGGGAGAAUUCUUAUUGAUGGUGAUGUGAAAGCAGAAGAAAAACAGAUUUUUCCCCCCUUGACAAACAAAAAUAAAGCAGAAUAAAGGUCCAGUGUGGGAGACAGAAUGUGUAUUUUGAAGAAGGCCAAGAUGAACAAGCUGGAAAAGACUCGUCCUCAAAACCCCUGGAAAGGAGAGUGGCUAUGGAGCCUUCCUAUCUUCUGUUGAUUCCAGAGAGCUGCAUUUGGUGUCUGUGGGAGUCAGAAGGAUAUCUGGCCCAUUUAUUGCAUCCUGUUCGAAAGCUCUGGUGUUGGAGUCAGGAUGGCAGCAACUGUCAUUCCUCUGAUAUAUGUUCAGUCUUCUCUGUACCCACUGUCUCCUGAGAAAGGACACACAGGGAAAGAAGGGCUGGCCAGUGAAUUCUUGACCAACUUGAUACAGGAGUUGGUGUCAUUCGAAGAUGUGACUGUGCAGUUCACAGAGGAGGAGUGGGCUUUGCUGGACCCUUUACAAAGAACUCUGUACCGGAAGGUAAUGCUGGAAAACUGGAAGAACCUGGCCUCACUUGGGCGAUGCCUUGAUAAACCAAAUCUGAUAUCCCAGUUGGAGCAAGAAGAGGUUAUAAGAGAGGUCAGAGGAAGUGUUCCAGACAUCUGUCCAGAUUUGGAGACUGUGCUGAAAGUCAAAUGGCUGGCUCCUGAAAAGCACACUUUUGGAAAACUGCAUGCGAAUGGCCAGAGAACAGGAAAACUGGAGGAAAAAGAUCAUCAUGGAAUGAAAAUAAAUGAAUGCAAUCAAUGUUUUAAAGUCUUCAGCACAAAAUCUAACCUUACUCAGCACAAGAGAAUUCAUACUGGAGAAAAACCCUAUGACUGUAGUCAGUGUGGAAAGUCCUUCCGCAGUAAAUCUUAUCUUACUGUACACAGAAGAAUCCAUAAUGGGGAGAAACCAUUUGAAUGCAAUUACUGUGGGAAAGCAUUUAGUGAUCCCUCAUUCCUCAGACUUCACAUAAGAAUUCACACUGGGGAAAAGCCCUAUGAAUGUAACCAGUGUUUUCAUGUUUUCCGUACCAGUUGUAACCUCAAAAGCCACAAGAGAAUCCACACAGGGGGCGAGAAUCACCAUGAAUGUAUUCAAUGUGGAAAGGCCUUCAGUACAAGGUCCUCUCUCACUGGGCAUAAUAGCAUCCAUACUGGAGAAAAACCCUUCGAGUGCCAUGAUUGUGGGAAAACCUUCAGGAAAAGCUCAUAUCUGACCCAGCACUUGAGAACUCACACUGGAGAGAAGCCCUAUGAGUGUAAUGAGUGUGGGAAGUGCUUCAGCAGUAACUUUUCUCUCACUGUACACAAGAGAAUCCACACUGGAGAGAAGCCAUAUGAGUGCAGUCACUGUGGAAAAGCUUUUAAUAACCUCUCAGCUGUGAAGAAGCACUUAAUGACUCAUACAGGGCAAAAGCCCUAUGGGUGCAACCAUUGUGGAAAAUGUUUCACCAGUAACUCCUACCUCUCUGUGCACAGAGUGCACAACAGGUGGGUAUGAAUUGUGGUGAGAAAUUACUGAGAGAAAACUUUGUUCCUAAUAUAACUUGAGAGAAUUUAUAUCAGGAGUACAAAUUAUCUAUUGCUGUGUAAUAUAUGCUCACCUCAAGUUGUGUGGCUUUAAACAAAUACUUCACACUUUAUAGAUCAGGAAUAUAAGGGAACCUUAGUCGUGUAGUUCUUUUGCAGGACUUCUCAUGAGCUUACAUUCAACAAGUGAAUCUUUUGUUGAAAGAGUUAUCUAAAGUUGUUCUCGAAGGAGCGACUUGUAGAAUGGCUCAUCACAUGCCUGGGAAUUUACUGCUGGUUAUUAACAGGAGACCUUCACCGACUCACCAUAUCGGCGUCUUCCCGUGAUUAUGUUUCUUUAUAAUAUGGCAAAAGAAUAACCUCUCCCCAAGUGUUCCAAGAGAAACCAGUUAACAAAUGAAGUAUCAUUUAUGACCUCACCUCCAAAAGCUAUAGUUUCACACCUUCCCUAUUGCACUCAUCAGAUACAGACCAGCCUUGGUAAAACAUGGGAGAAAACUGCGUAAUAUCUGAAGGUCAGGAGAGAGCUCUCUGAAAACCAUCUAAGAACCUCGCCAUGAAAUUAAUGAAGUCUUCAAUAGAUCUUGAUCCUUUUAAUCCAUAGGAAGUGACAUUCAGUAAACUGUUGAAUCUCUGUGCAGAGACAUCUGUGUAAUAAUGCUUUUUAGCUCACUUCUUGUACUGUGCCCCAAAGAUGCUGUGUUGGAAAGAACCUGGUGGGUAGAAUAUUGGUCAUGUGGUAAUGGUCUUUAGUGAUGUCAGUCUUUUCAGUCUUUCUUGUGGGAAAUCACACAUCUGAAAAACAAAAGAAAUUUGGAAAACUAUACAGCAAAGUGUUCACAUUACUGGCCACAGAUAAUGAGGUGCUCUGCUGUGAUGAUGGGAAACCUUCACCUGUUUUCCUUUCUGAAAGAGGUAUGAGAAUGCUUUCUGGGAAGCCCCCUUGAAUAUCAUAGCCAUUGGCAAGCCUUUGAGGAUUCCUGUGACGUAGGAAGAAUUUGGCAAUGAUUCUUUAAGCGCAUACAUUAGAGGGCCACCUUAGAAAAGUGACCUAACACAUGUAAGGAUGCUUCAGCAUCAGCUCUGGCUGAGCAGCUGUGUAAUAAUAUACUGGAAAUGACAUGGAUGAGUAGGCAGUGUCUGUAGGUUCAGUUGUGCCCAGAUUACAACCCCCAGAGAGACCACCAAAAACUAGAGAAGUCUGGAUUGCAAAAGCGUAAUACGGGCUAACUCGGAACUCAUCUCCACACUCCCUAGCAGGGAGGAGCUAGGGUCCCUCUGUGGGGUUAGCUUUUUAAAGGCAAAAACCACAAGCCCUUCAGGAUAGUCAGGGGGAGAUUAGCACAGGUCCAAGGUCUUUCCUCUUUCCCGUCCUGUUUUGUCAGAUUGUUUUAUCUUUAGAGCAAGGUCACUCUGUCCCUGACUCAGAACAUCUUUAUCAGUCUCCACGCAGACGGCCAGGCAUGCUUGUGCUUUGGCAUUUCUCGAGUGGGGGUGGGGGGCACUAUCAUUUCAGGGAACAUGAAGCUGGUCUGGGGUUUUUGAUUUUAAAACAUUCUGCUAGGAAAUUUCUUCUGGUUUCUUUGAGAAUAAGGGAUGAGGGUCUUACACAGUUACCAGCUUAUUAAUUUUAAAUUUGUUUUAUAAACAUGUAUGCUUAUUAUAUAUAACCCCAUCCCAAAAACAGCACUUCAAAUUUCAGUGCAGUGUAUUUAUAGUUUAUAUUCUGAAGGGUUGAGUGUGGUAGCACACAUUAGUAAUCCUAGCAGUUGGGAGGCUGGCAAGGUGGAUUGUGAAUUUGAUACAAGCUGGAACUGUCUGACAGAGUGCUUUUGUCAAAGUAUAGGACUUUCUGAUAUUGAUCUUUUUGCUUCUUUCUACAUAGUGUCCAUUUUGUCCUGCUUAGGGCCAACAGGAUGACUCCAUGGGUGAAGGUGCUCGCCAGCAAAUCUGAUCACCUGAGUUCAUUCCCCAGCACCCUAGGCUCUGGUGGCACGCGCCCUUAAUCCCAGCACUCGUAAAGCAGAGGCAGGCAGAUCUCUGUGAAUUUGAGGCCAGCCUGGUCUGUGAGAGCUAGUUCCAGAAAAGCUAGGACUGUAAGAAACCACAGCUCCAAAAAACAAACAAACAAACAAACAAACAAAAGACACCUAAAAGCACACACGUUUAAUCCCAGCACUUGGGAAGAGAAAGCAGGAAGUCAGGAGUUCACGGCCACUCUGAGAUUGAACCAGUCUAAAAGAGAAACAGAGCCAGUUGGUGGUGGUGAUGGCUCAUACCUUUAAUCCCAGCAAUUGGGAGGAUCUUGCCUUUGAUCCCAGCACACAAGAGACUGAAGACUUUGAUCCCAGCACUAGGGAGGUAGAGACAGGAUCUCCCUGACUCAGUCAGAGGAUUUGUAGAGACAGGCUCCUCUCCACGCCAAUUCGGUCUGAGGUUUCAUAGAGGUAAGAAGUCUAGAGGCUGCCACUCUGUUCCUCUGAGCUUUCAGCUUGCACCCAAGUAUCUGACUCCGAGUUUUUAUUUAUUAAGACUAAUCAGGGUCCCACAAGUUGUCGUCUGACAUGCAUUCAUGUCAGCCCACAACAAAUAGGUUUUUUUUUUUUUAAUCUAAAAGUGUAUUAGAAUAAUAUUCCUGGAUUUCUUGACAUUUAAAGACGGGCACCAUGAACUUCGGAGGCUGAAGAGAAAGCCUGACUUCUCAUUUAUCUUCUGUUCCUCUCACAUUUUCCCUUGGCAAGUGGCUGUAAGGUCUGGAGUGAGGAGAACUGUUUGGCUUUCAUCACGAUGACAUAAGCAGUGGAACAGGAAUUUCCUCUAAAACCUCUGACUGAGUAUGUUAGUUUUACAUUUUUUUUAAAUUCAUGUUUUGUUUAAAAGUAACUCCUUUACUGGUGGAAGCCAACAUGAUUUGCUGUUUGUUUUUGAGGUGAUGUUAAGUUCCAGUUUAAUGCAGUAUCUAACUGGUAAACAGAUUUGUCAAAUGAUUUGUCAAAUGAUACCAUAGUUCUUUGAAAGUAAUAUAUAGGCCGGGCGGUGGUGGCGCACGCCUUUAAUCCCAGCACUUGGGAGGCAGAGGCAGGCGGAUCUCUGUGAGUUCGAGACCAGCCUGGUCUACAAGAGCGAGUUCCAGGACAGGCUCCAAAACCACAGAGAAACCCUGUCUCGAAAAACCAAAAAGAAAAAAAAAAGUAAUAUAUAGUCUCUUAUAUGUUGAUAUAGGUAGGGCAUAUGUACAUUAAUAUUCUAUUUUAAUGGUAUGUACAAAUUGUUUUCUUUUAAAAUAAUUUUUGUUAUAGAGCCAUAGCAGACUUCCACUGUGAUUAUGAAUUAUCAUUCUUAAAAUUUUGUCAUUUUUUUCUCUUUAUUUUGAAGUUCUGUAACUAGAUGCAUACACGAUUGGGUGCUUUUUUGUGUGAAGUGUUCCUUUUUAUAUAAAGACCACAUUUUUCAUAACAAAGUACUAUAAUGCAUUCAUAAUAAAUGGUCAAACACUA